UGUGUGUGUGUGUGAGUGUGUCCCUUCAGUUAGUCUUACAGUGACCACGUACCGGACAACACUUGAACACAAGAUGCUGGGUCGAGGUCAGGUCAACGCCGGGGCUCGCUGGCUGGCGCGGCUCAGCGGGUCAAAACAGAGACUAGCGCCGCGGGUAAUGACCUCACACGCCCGCCCGAUGACGUCACGCCCUACUCCGGAACUACGACGGGAUGGAGAUGACCUCGUGUCCUGCCUGGGUCAGCUCACCCCCAUGGACCUCAACAACUACGAAGCUCUGGACCAGGCCGCCGCGCGCUGGGGUCAUCACACCGCCCUGGAAUGCGGGGUGACGGGGCAGACCUACAGUUACGGGGCGCUGCGGGACGCGUGGCGGCGGUGUGGCGGGGCGCUGCAGGGGCGGGGCGUGGGGCGGGGCGAUGUGGUGUGUCUCCUCAUGCUCAAUUCCCCCGCCUUCGCCGUCAUCUUCCCCGGGGUGUUUGCGGCCGGGGGAGUGCCUUCACCCAUCAACCCAACCUUCACGCCGGGUGAGGUUGCCCGCCAGGUCGAGAACAGCUGCUCCAAGAUACUGGUUGUGGACGCGAGGCUGGCCGCGCUGGGGGAGACUGCCCUGGCCCUCCUGCCCCACCCCCGCCCCGCCCUCCUGCUGGUUGGGGGCACGGAGGGGGGCCGCGAAGACCUCCUGGCCCAGGCGGAGGAUAAGGGAACGCCGUUUGCCAAGGAUGUGGAGGUGCAGGACGAGGACGCUUGCACACUCUUCUACUCCAGCGGCACUACAGGCCCCCCCAAAGGAGCCGCCACCCGCCAGGUCUCCAUCAGACACAACCUUCCCGCGGUGCUGCACGAGAAUGUCAACGCCAGUAUGCCGGCAACCAAAGACUGGCAGGAGACGGUGAUGGGACUGAUGCCCUUCUUCCACGCCUGGGGCAUCUACAGCGUCCUCAACUGUUCUCUGGUGCAAGGCUGGAAGGUCGUGACCCUGCCCACCUUCCUGCCCGACCUCUUCCUCGACAUUAUCAAGAAACACAAGAUCGGCAUCCUCCAUGUGGUCCCCCCGCUGCUGCAGUUUCUGGUGGCCCACCCCAACGUGACCCCGGUUGACCUCGCCUCGCUAAGGGUGGUCAUGUGCGCAGCUGCCCCCUGCCCCGCCAUCGCUGCCCAAGCCCUCAAGGAGAAGGUCCCCAAUCCCAUUUUCUUCCAGGAGGCAUAUGGAUUAACAGAGACAAUGCCCACUCACUUCACUCCCCUGGGACAUGAACGCCUGGGCUCCUGUGGGCAUAUCCUCCCCGGGGUACGAGCCAGGGUGGUGGACCUCGCCUCCGCCUCCCCCGUGGGCCCCAACACCCCCGGGGAGCUCUGGAUCAAGUCGCCCGGGAUGAUGGCGGGCUAUUUGAACAACCCCGAGGCCACCAAAGAGAUAAUCACCGAGGACGGCUGGCUCAAGACGGGUGACGUGGUGACCUACGACGAGGACGGCUACUUCUUCGUUGUGGACCGCAUCAAGGAGCUCAUCAAGGUCAAAGGUAUCCAGGUAUCUCCCACAGAACUUGAAGUGGAGCUCCUCAAAAUGCCGGGGGUUGCGGAGGCCGGGGUGGUGGGGGUGAAGGACGAGAGGGCCGGUGAGGUGCCGAGGGCUUUUAUAGUGCGCCGCGACCCCAGCCUGACGGAGGACAAGGUCGCGGAGUACCUGGGGUCUCGGGUGGCGCCUCACAAGCAGCUGGCGGGCGGGGUGAGGUUCGUUGAGGAGCUCCCCAAGAGUCAGACGGGGAAGUUACUGCGGCGGGUACUACAGAAGCGGGCCGAGGAGGAGUGACAGGAGGCCAUGACGAUAGAUACCAAGAGAGAGAGAGAGAGAGAGCGAUGAUUGUGACGAUGACGAUAGAGAUACCAAGGAAGAGAGAGAGAGAGAGAGAGAGAGAGAGAGAGAGAGAG